GGGGGAGGGGAGCCGGGGCCGCCGCCGCGGGGGCCCAGCCGGUCUCCCCCGGCCGGGGGCAGGUCGUGGGCCCGCAGCCCACUCCGCGGCGGCCUCGGCUCCCCGGCAGGCCCCCUCCCGCCGGGCGUCGGGGCGAGAGAGAGAGUGCGGGGCUGGGGGUGGGGGGGUGGGGCGGGGGCGGCCAAACAACUUUGAAGUGUCUCCAGAGGCCCCCUCCCCGCGUCCCCGGUCCGAGCGGUCGCCCUCGCUGCCCGGGAUCGCUCGUCUGCCGAGCAACAGGCUUGAGCCCCGCGGUUCUGGAACUUAGACGAGCGUGAUCGCCGCGUUUCGGGAAUUGCGCUGGGACGUCCAGAGUCUUUUGGGGGCGGCUGCAGGAGGUCUCUUUCCGAGACGCAGACUUAGGAACCUCCCUUCCAGAAGCAGUUUGUGGGGGUCGGGGCCUGGGGUUUGUGUUUUCACCGGAUUCCCGGAUGGAGCUGCCGUCCGUGUUCCCGCGGCCUUCACUUUGAGAAGCACUGCGCUAAGGAUGGUCUGGAGAAGUUGAGUGCCCCCUUUAGGAGGAUUCUUGUCACCUGGGAAGAGGGUGACAGGUUGGAAGUUGAACUUGGCAGAGUCAAGAUUUUGAGAAGAGAGGGAAAAAGGAAGUUUGUCCGGUCCUGGAUCAGUUCCUUUGUCAUGUAGCCAAGACUGGAGAAACGAUGAUUCAGUGGUCCCAAUUUAAAGGCUAUUUUAUUUUCAAACUGGAGAAAGUGAUGGAUGAUUUCAGAACUUCAGCUCCGGAACCAAGAGGUCCUCCCAACCCUAAUGUCGAAUAUAUUCCCUUUGAUGAAAUGAAGGAAAGAAUACUGAAAAUUGUCACUGGAUUUAAUGGUAUCCCUUUUACUAUUCAGCGACUAUGUGAAUUGCUAACAGAUCCAAGGAGAAACUAUACAGGAACAGACAAAUUUCUCAGAGGAGUAGAAAAGAAUGUGAUGGUUGUUAGCUGUGUUUAUCCUUCUUCAGAGAAAAACAAUUCUAAUAGUUUAAAUCGAAUGAAUGGUGUUAUGUUUCCUGGAAAUUCACCAAGUUAUACUGAGAGGUCUAAUAUAAAUGGGCCUGGAACACCUAGGCCACUUAAUCGACCAAAGGUUUCUUUGUCAGUCCCCAUGACAACAAAUGGCUUGCCUGAGAGCACAGACAGCAAAGAGUCAAACUUAGAGCAAAAUGAGGACAAAAAUCACAGUGACUCUGCGACAUCUGAAUCAGAAGGUUCCUCAGUGAGCCCUAUAAAAAAUAAACAUCCAGAUGAAGAUGCUGUGGAAGCGGAGGGGCACGAGGUAAAAAGACUCAGGUUUGACAAAGAAAGUGAAGUCAGAGAGAUGGCCAGUCAAACAUCUGCCAGUGAAAUUUCUUCAGUUAUGGUAGAAGGAACAGAAGCAUCAUCUUCAUCUCAGGAUAAAGAUAAAGAAAGUAGUUGUACCAGGCAGCACUGUACUGAAGAGGAUGAAGAAGAGGAUGAAGAGGAAGAAGAAGAGUCUUUUAUGACAUCAAGAGAAAUGAUCCCAGAAAGAAAAAAUCAAGAAAAAGAAUCUGAUGAUGCCUUAACUGUGAAUGAAGAGACUUCUGAGGAAAGUAAUCAAAUGGAGGAAUCUGAUCUGACUCAAGCUGAGAAAGAUUUAUGUUCUGAAGGUAGUGAAAAUACAGGCUCUGUAAGUAGUGGUUCUGAUUGCCAUGAAACAGAAGCAUUAGUAGGAUCCAAUUCCAGUAAAACUGGAGAGAUUCUCUCAGAAUCAUCCAUGGAAAAUGAUGACGAAGCCACAGAAGUCACAGAUGAACCAAUGGAACAAGACUAACUAUUUAGAAACAUUUAGAUGCAGUAUUUUACAUACAGUUCUGGUUUUACACUGUAUAAAACUUUUAUGUAAUAAAGUGGACCUUUAGUUUUACAAGAGAAGCAGGUUGUAAAAUAAAGUACUUUAUGGGAUAAAUCCUGAAAGAGUUGUACAUGUAAGAACUGUGAAUAUCAGCUCCUCUGGGUCCUGCUUACCGCUGACUUUUUUUUGGUCUGGUCAAAUCAGUGGUUUGUGUAUAGAUUUUUUUUUUUUUAAAUUUAGAAUUAAAGUUUUUAAACUGGAAGGUAAUAAUUAUAAUUUUGAAAACCUUUUGGAGAUUAUCACGUUUAGUUGAUAUAUAUGCAAGAAAGCUUUUUGUCUUGUCCCUUUCUGACAGCUCUAGCAGUUUUCAUAUUUUGGUCAUAGUUUCAACAUUUUAACAUGUGAAUUAUAGGGUUUCAUGCUGGUUUCCAGAUUUUAUUGUUUGACUAUGUACAAUGGAACUUUAAGUCAUAUAUACAUAUAUAUAUAUUAUUCUAAGGGGGGAAAUGUUAUAUUUUUCUGUUUCUAUAAGAGAUGAAUACAGUGGAUACUUUUUCUAUUGAUAAUGAUUGAGUUCACCUCUUUCAGAAGACAGUUUCUUUCUCUUCUGAGUAAUUCAAAUAAAAUCUGGCCCUUGUGAAACCCUGGAAAUCUUAAGUCUGUUGAAAUACCAGGUUAAACACAUUCCAAGAGAUCUGUUCAAACUAAAAUUCUUUUGUAUACUUCUGAGGUGCCUGAGAAAAAGACUUCAUUAUUUAUGAGAAAAUGUGCUUUAUCUUGGAAAUUGUGUUCAAAUGUAGCUUACUGUUUUGUAGAAUGAAUGCUCAUAAAAGCUGAUGUGAGACCAUCUCAGAAGAACUGGGCGAGUCCUUGACCUUUCGCUUGCUUUUCUGAACAUUGUGAAUAUUACACAUUUCUUUCUAAAUUAUUCUAGAGUAUGCAAAUGUCAAUGAUAUGAAACACCACUGUACUGGAAGAUUAAUAUAUUACUUUAGUAAUGUACCAGAGCUGAAUGACUGAAGCUUUAGGGUCCAUAGAAACCACCAUAAUUUGUAUGACAUUUUGAAGUGAAUUAAAUAUUUUUGAACAUGCUUCUUCGACAGCCAGUGUUAUAUUUUUCAGAUCAACACAAAGCACAAUGAUUACUCUAAACUCAAUAUUUUCAAAUUCACAUAUUUAAAGUCAUGCAAGCUGCAACUUCCCUGUCAAAAUUACUGGCUGCCAAAUUUAUACUUGUUUCUUCAGCUGUACCUUUUGAUAUUUAGAAUUUUUAAAUUUCUGUAAAGUAGAUUUUGUAGAAUGUAAUGUGUUCACUGCCUUUGUGAAGCGGUAUAUAAUUGUAUAAUUUCUGUGUGUAAACUGAAUGCUUGGGCUUUCAAUACAGUAUUCAUAUAAAGCAAUAAAUAUUAAUGUUAUGAAAUAUUUGAGUACAUUUUUAUCAAAAUAGAAUCCCUUUUUUAGUUUCAGAUACCUGAAGUACACAGAUGAACUUAUAAAACUGAUGCAAACAUUUUCUGACACUGUAUCAUAUGCUUUGGGGUGAUUUGGGCGGCAACCACAAGUUUUGCAUUUUGUUUUGACUACUUAAAUUACUAUAACUAAAAAUACAGAAAUGAUUUGGCUCCAUUUAUGUUUGUAGGGUAAUAUACUACUGACUGACUUGACUGCCAGGUUCACAGCAGCUGGAUGAUAUAUUUAUGAAUAUGUCUAAUAGUUGAAAUAAAAACUGAAUAUUGAUUUAUUGUACCCAAGAGGGGAGAAAAAUCACACAUUGUAAAUUUUUUUUUUAAUUUUGCAAAAAAUGUUAAAAUGAAGCAAAUUUUAAAUGUGACAUUCAUUUCUGGUGACCUAUUACUUGACUUUGUUGAGGGAUAUUUUUGCCAAUGAGAACAGAUUUUAAACAUUUUAAGUUUAGAAAUUUUGAAAUUUUCUUUAGAAUAUUUAUGAAAUUGUUGUCAAUAAACCUUUUCUUUCAGAUCUUGUGACCUUUUGAUAUUUUUUAUUUUAAUUGUGCCAUGGACCAUUUGUAAACAAAUCGAUUUACUUUUGUUGGUUAUAAGUUGAAGAUUUAGCAUCAUGACUUUAAGGUCUGUGGUUUUAUUUGUAAACUUGCAAUUGCUCUUUUUGCAAGGGCAAAAGUAUUUCUUUAUUAAAUAAAGUACAAUAAUGGUGAAUGUA